AUGAUUCGUACAGAAGCAAAAAUAGUUUCUGAAAAAGAUCAAGAAAAUUCGUUUGCCCCAUACACGGCAAUGGAAUAUUUGUUGGAUAAAUUGAAGUUGCUGAAUUACGAAAUGGAAUUUUUAAGCGAAAUUAAAUUAAAGCCUAUUCAUAAAUAUUAUUUCAUAGUAAUCAAAAAUAGCGGGGAACAAUUUUACUUAUUUUCUAUACUAGCAGCUUGGCUCAUUCGUAAAACGGGUAAACCGUUCGAGAAUCCCCAGGAACACGACGAUCCAAAUGAUACAAUUGAUAGGAUACUAAUAGAAGUCAAAAACAUGGGUAUGAAAGUCGAUUUUUCUGCUGGAAAACUAAAACAAGGAGUUGGAGAGCAUGUGGUUAAUGUUUUGGAUUUUCUUGCUAAUGCCGCAAUCAAAAAAGAUAAUUUAAUUUUAGAAAAGCCCAAACCACAAGAAGAAGAAACCCAGGAAACUGAAGCUAUAGAGGAUGAAUCUGAACUGAACUUAGAUAGAGUAGAAGAGGAAAUGAUAGCAGCGUAUUCAGAUGACUCUGACGAAGAAAAUAUUUUUCAUUUGGAUAGCGUGAAACCAAUCAAAAGAGACAUACAACAAAUUGACCUAAAGGCGCAUAUUGAUGAAGAAAGCUGGAAAUUGGAAGUAGAACGAGUAUUGCCUCUACUUAAAGUGACUAUUAAAAAUGAAAAUAGAGAUUGGAGAUCUCAUUUGGAACAAAUGAAAAUUUAUAAAAGUAACAUCGACGAAAGUUUGGGGCCAGCUAAAAGUCAAUUGCAAAGAUUGCACAAAGAAAUAAGUACUACUUUGGAAAAAGUUGGCAAUCGAGAAAAAUAUUUGAACAGGGAACUUGAAAGCGUUCUUGAUAAUUACAGGACUUUGAAAGACCAACUAUCGAAAAUCAAAGAAAAAUACAAAACCAUCAGCACCGGAGUGGCUGAAAGAAACAGAGAGCUAAACAAUUUAAAUGGUAAAGUCGAUUCUAUCAAGCAACAAAUGGAUGAGAGAGGCAGCUCGAUGACGGACGGAACUCCACUAGUGAACAUUAAAAAAUCCAUAGGUAAAAUCAAAACGGAAAUUGUGGAUAUGGACGUCAGGAUAGGAGUGCUAGAGUGUCUGUUACUCCAGACAAAAAUUAGAGAAGAGAAACAGUUGGAAAAUGUUUUUGAACAUCCCACAUCUGUUUAUUAA